AGUUUAAAUAUUAAAGGUCUAACAUUUCAACACUUUGCUAUCGCGCAGCAUUGAGCUUGGGAUUCAGGACAGAAUGCUGAAGGAGCUGCUUCACAGGAAGAAGCUUUUCUUGUUUACCUUCGUGACGGGAAUUGGCUGCAGUUUCCAGUUUGGUUUCAAUGUGUCCGUCAUCAAUUCAGCCUCAGCCUUUGUCAAGGUCUUUAUCAAUGAAACCUGGAUGGAACGACAUGAGACACCUCUGCAGGAGUACGCCGCCAAACUGAUCUGGUCCUUCAUUGUGUCUGUGCUUCCUGUUGGGGGAAUAGUAGGAACAUACGUUGGUGGUCACCUUACAACAAAGUAUGGGAGAAAGAAAUGCAUGUUGUACAAUAACAUUGCGAUCAUCUUGAUCUCAAUGAUCAUGGGCUUGAGCCGGAGGGCAAGAUACUUCGAGAUCAUCCUGGUGGCAAGAUUCCUGUACGGAAUAAGCAUAGGCUUCGGUAUAAUGUGUCACAGUCUGUACCUCGGGGAAAGUGCGCCAAAGGAUCAAAGAGGAGCUGUGUGCAUGAGUCGGCCUAUGCUUUUUGCAUUCGGCAAGUUCAUGGGUCAGGUCGUUGGGCUCAGAGAAAUUCUGGGUCGUGAAAGUACCUGGCCUUUGCUCCUGGCGUUCAGUGGUCUCCCAGCCCUAAUUCAGCUUGUCACUCUGCCCUGGUUCCCAGAGAGCCCCAGAUAUCUCCUGAUUGAGAAAGGAAACCGAGCCCUGUGCCAGGAUGCGCUGCGAAGACUGUGGGGUUCAGGUGAUUUUACUGAGGAAAUUAAUGACAUGAUGGCAGAGCGGGCAGCGAUUGAUAGCGAUAGAGCAAAGAGUAUUAGGGAGGUGUUCAGAGACCGUACCAUACGAUGGCAGUUAAUAUCUGCCAUGGUGAUCAGUAUGGCUUCACAGCUGUCCGGCAUCAAUGUGAUCUACUUUUACACUACUGACGUUUAUGAACAGUUGGGAAUUCCCAAGGAUAAGAUCUCAUAUGUGGGAGUCGGAUCAGGUUUCAUUGAAAUUUUGACCUCAGUGAUCUGUAUUCUGUUCAUUGAACGAGUUGGACGCAAGGUUCUCAUGUGGAGAGGUUACAGUUUCAUGGCUGUGUGGAUGCUCAUCUUGACAGUAACACUCACGCUGAGGAACCUCAGUGCCUGGAUUCCAUAUUGUAGCUUGGUCUUCAUGUUUAUUUACAUCUUCACUUAUGGACUUGGCCCAGGUUGUGUCAGUAGCGUCCUGAUUUUGGAGAUCUUCACUCAGUCCAGUCGACCCGCUGGUUUAAUGAUUAGUGGCACCUUACAGUGGAUUUGGCUCUUCGUUCUGGGGCUUGUUUUCCCUUUCUUGAUUGACACAAUAGGUCAGCUAUCCUUCCUGGUAUUUCUGGUGUCCUGUUCGUUUGCUGCAGUAUUUGUGUACACAAUGAUUCCAGAGACAAAGGGGAAAACACUUCUUCAGAUCUCCGAGGAGUUUGGGAAAAUGAACGAGGUGAACAGAAGCUGUGGCAACUUCCUCAACAAGAGGCAUGUGGUGCCAAACACCACCGAGGUUUUUGUUAUUGAAUCCAGCAGAUUGUGAUUGGUACAGAAGGUCCUACAUCAGUUCCUAUCAGUCAUCAGCCUUUGAAAGAGCUACCCAAUUAGUCCUAUUCCCCCGCUCUUUCCCCGUAGUCUUGCAGAUUGUUUCUCCAUCAAGCAAAUACCCAAUUCCCUUUUGAAAGUUAGUAUUGAAUCUGCUUUCGGCAGUCCAUUCCAGAUUGAAACAACUCGCUACGUAAAAAAAACUCUCCUCUUCUGCCCCUCCGGUUCUUUUGUAAAUUAUUUUGAACUUGUGUCCUCUGGUUACUGACCCACCCGACACUGGACACAGUUUUUCCUUAUUUACUCCAUCAAAACCCCUGUUGCAACACAUUUUCCUUAUUGUGUCUUUUAAUGACGGACCAAAACAAGGUGUAAUCAUUCUGGGUGAGAUCAGAUGUGUCGAAGGGCCUUCCUCAUCUAAACUAAUCUUCUGAACAACAUAAGGAUUCUCAGGAAUUGGAAAAUGUAACAAGACAACACAGCUGAGCCUGAGCUUGUCAUCUUCUGAUCCACACACCAUUACUUUCCAGCAGUGGACAGCAGACACAUAUUUUUACGAUGCAUCAAUAAAAUCCAAACAGGUCUUUACU